AUGAUCUUCAGGAGAUUGUGGCGGCACGUCGAUAUUCCGCAAGAGCAUCUCGUUGUCCACGACCAUCUGCCCGACGCGAGACUGACGUUCCACACUAUUCCAAAGCUUCUGCUGGUUAGCAAAGCCUUCAAGGCCGAAUACGAGAAAGAAUUGCAGCUGCGUCGCGGGCGCAAAGUGCUCACUAUACAAUUCUACGACCGCAAAACGAAAGUCGGCAGAUUGCCGAUUCUGCAGUCCCUGACGGCCGGGGUGCGCGUCGGGCUUGCCACUGUCGAGCACCUGGUCUUGAAGACGAGGUGUCAGUACAUUUUUCCUGGCAACUUCACGACCGUCAGCAUGGCUUCGGGUCGGCUUCUGAUGAUGAUGCCAGCCCUCAAACAUAUUGUCAUCACUAUCAACUUGAGUUGCUGCGUAAGGAUCUCCCUCUACGCUGGUGAUGAGAACGAUUUUGAGGAUAAUCACUUUCGAGGACGCGCGGCGGCUGAAGUCAGAAGAAUUGCCGAAGAAACUCGCGCGGCUUUGCUUGGGAUGCUAGUGGAAAAAGUUCCCACGCACUUCUUAUUCCGUGCGCCGAAGAUACCAUUCCUCACGCCCCUGCGGCUGCCCGGGUCCGAAAGAGGCUCGAGGGAGAGUAGAUACUUCGGCACUUUCGCCAAGAACAGUCCCCGCAACCACAUGUCGCUCAUGGCGCGGAUAGAGGACCUGACCAAGGAAGGUGUCCUCUGGAAAGUUGAGCCUCCAGAUGAGCCGGAGAAGGUGUUUCAUGACUUGGAACGGGACUUCAAGGAGGCUCUUGAGUUGUUGAAUGCUAACAGGUUGACCCAUUACCAGUUCAACCUGGCAUGUCAGGAUGGGUCGUUCGUGAAGCUUCUGCAGUUGGCAAUUGAUAGGCCUGCGGUUUGGACAAAGUAG